AUGUGUAACUUUAUACCAAAUCUACAAAUUAUAACAUUAUGUAUCAGUAUUCUAUCAUACGUUUCCAGAGCACAGGCAGAAGGUAUUUCAUGUUUCAAAUGUCUCACGUCACUUACAAAGCCAGAAGACACUGAUCUUCUCUGUUCUCAUUUUGAUGGAAGUGCAAAAUUUCAAACAUUUUGUCCAACUUCAACACUUUGCAUGAAAAGAACUAUUCAAUAUAAGUCCAAAACAUCUGUAGUGACUACUGUUCAAAGAGACUGUGCACCACAAAAAUAUACCUCGCAUAAUUAUAAUGAGAAUGACAAGCAGUGGUAUAAAACAGAAGAAGUAAUAGAAACUGCUUAUAAGGAAGGCUGUUUUAUCGGUGAACACAGAGGAGCACCGACUAGUCCACCCGAAUAUUGUUUCUGUGGUUAUCAUUUAUGCAAUUUGUCUUCCCCGCAAAUUGGAAUGUUUAGCAAAGUAUAUGGACCGAUAACAGCAUUGCUGAUUAUGAGAAUGUUGUAAAACUUUUCAAUUUGUGACAUGCAAUGUGUUACUUAAAAAAAAAGUGUCAUGUAUAAGA